AUGGCCCAGCCGCAACUACGACUUCUCAUUUCGCCUGCGCAGGUAUAUCGGCGCGGGGCUGACAACUCUGUAUCUCCAUCCCCCAUAUCCGCACUCCUGGCCCGCAACGUGGGCUGGAGCUACGAAUCGCCUUCCGGCGAGGCGUACGCGCGCAUCUGCUCCGUCGCCUGCCUCUACGACUUUACUUCCCAGGACCCCGGCCACCUCAGUUUCAGGAAGGGCGAAGUGCUCGAGGUCGUCAAGCAGGAGAACACCGGCUGGUGGGCCGCCGUGCGCGGCGAUGGCACUCAGGUCGGCUGGAUUCCGGCCUCGUACGUGCGAAAAAUACCCGACGCCACCGCUGCGAAACUGUAUGCACGGGAGGAAGACGAGAUCGCACGCAGAAGCGGGUCGGGCAGUGCGCCGACAGAAUUCGAAACUUCCGAUGAGGAGGAGGAGACCGACUUUGGAACCUCGACGACGUUCUCGGUCGAGACAUCGACGACCGCCUAUACGGAUGCCUUCGACGAGCACUCGAUAGGUACGGUCGUCACAGCCGGCUCCACGGCACGCGAUCCCACGAGUGCCGCGUUCAAAGCUGAUGUACAGCAAACGCCAAACCCAAAGACACCCACACGAACACCUCCGAAUAGGCCUUCCGCUUCCACUUCCAAGCUUCACGUCGACAAGUCCCUCCCUGCCUCUCCACUCCAGUUCUCACCGCCUGCCCAAUGGGGCAUACGCCAUAGCCGCAGCCAGAGCGGCGACCUCAUCGUCCCCUCACCACGUCUCGCGCAAGCGCAGGACAAUGACCGACCAUCGCACCAACGUCUGAGCAUGCUCAUCCAGACGCACAACCUCGAUCCGUCACGCUCCAUCGAGCAGGCUCGGUUAGCGGCCGAAAUCGAGGAGUCUGCACCCCCGUCUCCAAGCGAGCCCGACAGCCCGAUCUUGGCUCGUGUGUCACGCGGGCAGGAUAGAAAACCAGACAAGAUCAAGCGCAUCACCGGCGACGAAGAUGCUCAGAAGUUCCACGACGCCAAGCUCGCGCAGGCCAAUCUGCCCUGGUUUAUGCGACCACGGCAUUCUGACGAAGAGAUCAAGCUAGAAUACGAUGGUACUGUGAAGGCGGGCACUCUCCCGGCUCUCGUCGAGAGGCUGGUCAUCGACCCGUUGCGGAUGGAGCAGCAAGAGAACUUCCGUCGCAUCUUCUUGACCACCUUCCGCACAUUCUCCAAUCCGACCGAGGUCUUCGAACUCCUGAUCUCUCACUAUGAGAUGGAUGCACCGCCCAAUCUGACGACGGCCGAAUUUGAGAUCUGGAAGCGCGAGAAGCUGCGACCAACGCAACGCCGGGUCCUCGCGGUUCUGUCUCAAUGGCUCGAGGAACAUGAUCUGCUCAACCAGAGCCACGAAAUUGCACCGCGUUUGCAAGAAUUCUUAUCCCUCAUCGUAACUCCACCGGCACUACAAACUGUUGCUCAGGGUAUUCUCGCCACGCUCAAGCGGUUGACGUUCGCGGAACCACAGAGUGUAGAUCCGCCACAGCUUACAGCCCCGAGGCGGUGGAAGCGCAAGUGGAAGGGUGAGCCGGAUCUGGCGAAGAUGGAUCCCUGGGACAUGGCGCAGCACUUGUGUCUGUACGAGCACGCUCUUUACCGCGUCAUCCUUCGGCAGGAGUGCUUCAUCUGGACGAAGGUUCGCGAGGGCCCGACCGUCGCGCACAUGGCCGCUUUCACCGCAACGUACGACCGGCUGGCGGAUUGGGUAAAGCUCUCAAUUCUCGAGGUUGAUGCUUUGGGAAAGCGCGCGAGCAUUGUCGACUUCUGGAUCCGUGUCGCUGAUAAAUGCCGCGCAGCCAAUAACUUCUCGUCUCUCAGUGCCAUCGUCGCGGCGCUCUCGAGCACGGUCGUCUCGCGGCUCCACUUCACCUGGCUGAACAGCUCACGCGAGUCCACUCUGACGCCUCUACUCAAGUUCAACUCGCCAGGGAGCAAUUACUCCUACUACCGCUCUGUGCUUGACAGCGUCGCCAAUACCGAUGCGGCUUGCAUACCAUAUGCAGGCCCAUUUCUCAAGAUGAUGGUGUACGCGCAGGAUCAACAUGCGGACAACGUUGUCGUUCAGACAGAUACACGACGGCACACGCUCAUUCACUUCGUCAAACGAGCCAAGUGGUACGAGGCAAGCACGAGCUUUCUGCGAUUUCAGACUCGCCACUAUACCUACGCCGAAUACGCGCCCCUCACCGAGUUCAUCGUAAAGCAGCUCGAACGCGCCGCGUCGAAGGGUGGCGAUCGAUACUUUUGGGCUCGCUCGGACGAGGUUCAGAAGGCCGAACUCGUUCAUGCUGAUAUCAAGAAGGGUCUUCAAGCAGCCGGUUUCUGA